UUUUUCGUGGAAAAAAGAAGAAGAGGGAGAAGCACGGAAAUGGAGAGCAGCUCGUGCCAUGGCGACACGCGCAGGAGCCGGGCCUGCAGCAGCGGCGGCGGGAGUAGUAGCAGCGGGAACGCCGCUAUCUUCACAACGGAGUGCUCCCACAAGCUCCAGUCCCGCUGCGUCUCCGGGCCAGGGAGCGCCCCGAAUCGCCCGCCCUGCAGCGCCAGGUGGCGCGAGCUGCCGUCCCUCCGCUCCACGAACCCGUCGCCGCGCCAGCCGCCGCCGUCGCCCGCCGCGUUGGCCGCGCCGGCGUCCCAGCCGUUCUUCCGGCCCAUGGAGCCGCGGGUAUUCGACGACGACGAUCCGGUGGACCGGACGCCGCGGCCGAUUCGUGACCAUGAGGACCUUUACCGCGGCGCAAGCGCGGCGGAGGCAUCCGACGGAGGAGCGGUGGCGCUCGCCACGCACUGCGAGUGCUCGACCCUCGCGAGGGACGCGUCCGCCAACGACUUCGCCGUGCUCGUGCACGCCAGGGCGCCCGGGAUUGCCGGGGCUGGCGGCGCGGCUCCGCGCGCGCCGCUGGACCUAGUGACCGUGCUCGACGUGAGCGGCAGCAUGGUGGGCACCAAGCUCGCGCUGCUGAAGCAGGCCAUGGGUUUCGUCAUCGACAACCUCAAGCCCCGGGACCGCCUCUGCGUCGUGUCCUUCUCCUCCGGCGCGUGCCGCCUCAUGCGGCUCGCGCGCAUGUCGGACGCCGGGAAGGCCCUGGCGAGGCGCGCCGUGGAGUCCCUCAAGGCGGGCGGCGGCACCAACAUUGGGGAGGCGCUCCGCAGGGCCGCCAAGGUGAUCGACGAGCGCAUGCACCGGAACGUCGUCGCCAGCGUCGUUCUCCUCUCGGACGGCCAGGACACGUACACCGUGCCGAGGCGCGGCGGCUACGGCGGCCGCGACGCCAACUACGACGCGCUCGUGCCGCCGUCCUUCGCGUACGACGGCGACGGAAGACGGUCGGCGCCCGUGCACACGUUCGGCUUCGGCACGGACCACGACGCGGCGGCGAUGCACACCAUCGCCGAGGCCACGGGCGGGACCUUCUCCUUCAUCGAGGACGAAGCGGCCAUCCAGGACGCGUUCGCGCAGUGCAUCGGCGGGCUCCUCUCGGUCGCUGUGCAGGAGCUGCGCGUUGACGUCGCGUGCGUGCACCCCGGCGUGCGCGUCCGUGCGGUCAAGUCCGGCAGCUACGUGAACCACGUCGAAGCCGACGGCCGCGCCGCGUCCGUCGACGUCGGCGAGCUCUACGCGGACGAGGAGAGGCGAUUCUUGCUGUUCCUGCACGUGCCGAGGGCCCGCACCGCGGACGACGCCACGCGCCUGGUCAGAGUGGCCUGCGCUUACCGCGACACGGCCACCGGACGGGGCAAGAGCGUCGCCGGAGAGGACGCUGUGGUGCUGAGGCCCCGGGGCGCGGUGGCCGCGGAGCGCUCCGUGGAGGUCGAGCGCGAGCGCGUCCGGGUGGAGGCUACGGACGGCAUUGCCGCGGCCCGGGCGGCGGCGGAGCGAGGCGCGCACGCGGAGGCGGUGGAGAUCCUCCGGAGCCGGCAGCGAUCCGUGGUGCGGUCCGCCGCGGCGCGGGCGGGGGACUCCACGUGCUUGGCGCUGUCGCGCGAGCUGCGGGAGAUGCGCGCGCGCGUGGCGGACCGGCAGCGGUACGAACUGUCUGGGCGCGCGUACGUGCUCGCCGGGCUGAGCUCGCACGCACAGCAGCGCGCCACGUCGCGGCAGAUGAUGUCCGGUGGCGGGGCGACGACACGUGGCGGCGAAUCGGCGGAGGAGCGCAGCGUGGCGUUCGCUACGGCGGGAGCCACGACGUCGUACAUGACACCGGCGAUGCUAGACAUGCUGGAACGGUCGCGGAGGUCGCGGGAGCUGCUGCAGCGACGCCAGCAACAGACGGAGGAACGGAGAAGAACCUUUUGAGCGCACGGACCAACGCAGGGGUGGGAUGUGAUGCCUUCCGAAAUCUGAAUCGCGAAUUCCGAAAGAAAAUGCCUGGAGGUACUUAGACUAGCAGCUAGCAAUCGAGAAUAUACUGUAGAUCGAAUAUAUGGUAGAUUGUUUUUGGCAAAAAGAUUGUUUUUGGCUUUUACAUAGGUUGUGCAUAACCUAUGUAGAUGUAUAUAAAAAAAAUUAUGUAUUUAAAAAAGU